AUGCAAGCUUGUUGAUAAGGCUGAGGGUUUGGAUGGGUUGAAUGACAAGUUUGGAGUCCAGUAUGAGACGGGCAGCUGAAAUGUCGAGUCUACUAAUGGGCUUGCUGUGCAUUGUGCCAGCUUUGGCCCAAUCACAAGUGGAUAUUAAUGCAGCCACGAUGCAAAAUAUUUAUGCAAAUCUUGAUGCUCGUGUGUCACCCUGUAAUAAUUUCUGGGCGUAUGCAUGUGGAAAUUGGUCCUUCAACUACGUGGACAACUUCGAGUUGGCGGAGGAGACUUAUGCCAAUGCCAUGGCCUCGGUGCUCAGAGACAAACGCCUUAUUCAGCGGGCGACAGCACCACGUCUAUUGAACAACAUGUUUGACUACUUCAACGCUUGUGCUGAAUAUGAACAUGAUGAGCUCGAACUGCCUCAGGAACUAACCUUCAACUACUUCGAAUGGAUACGUGCAACGGCUAGGCUACGCAAAUAUGGUUUGAAUGGCGUUUUUUUCGAAGAGUCGGCGGAUGUGGCCUACAACGACUCGCUGCGCCUCGUAGUGCAGCUCAAAAUGCCCGUUAUUCAAGCCACUUAUAUGCCCAUAUUACUUUUUCGGCCUGAGAUUCAACAACUGGAAAGAGAGCUACGUGAAUUGUGCGAGAAAUAUCGCAGAGAAGAGCCGCUAUUGGAAUCCUGGACGCUGAGCAGACUCAAGCAGGAAAUACCUCAAAUCGACUGGCAAAUAUACUUUGAAGAACUGCUCGAAGUGGAGCCAAGCGAUGCCGAGCUUCGUGUGGAGGUCAGUGAUGUGGCAUACUUACGAGCCUUGGGCGAGCUGCUGCGGCGUUGCAACAAAACUAGCUUGGAACUAUAUUUGCGUGCGCAGUUUGCCAAUUUUGCUGGAGAAGUCCAGCCCAGUUGGGGGCGUGCUCCAAAGGAUCACAGUUGCGUACAUCAUAUGCGCGCUUUGCUGCCGCUGGGCAUGAACUACAUUUACGAUCGUUAUGUGUACAGGACGCGGUCACUGGACACGCGGCAGCUGCAAAAUAUUUUCGGCAGCUUACGUAGUAUGUUUGGCAAGUACUUGGAUUGGAAUCGCUUGAAGCUAAGUCCACGGCAGUUAGAAUAUCUGCACGCCAAACUGGCGGGCAUGCAGCUGAAACUGGGUAAUUUGCCGAAUGCGACCGAGGAUUUCUACGAUAGACAUUAUGCCAGUGCCAGAUUUUCACGUGCCGACUUUCAGCAAAAUCUAUGGCAAGCUUUGCGUCUGCGAACGCGUCUUCAGCACAUGGCUUUGCUGCAAUCAGGAGCUACUUUGCAACUGAAUCACUACUAUGUCAACGACGAUGUGUUCAAAGCACGCAAUGCGCCUUACUUUGAGCAUGAACGCAAUACGCUGACGGUGCCUUUGAUCUUUUUGCAGUGGCCCUUUUACGAUCAUCGGCAACAUGCAAUUUUUCAACACAGUCUGAUGGGAUUUAUUCUCGGACACGAGCUGAGUCACGCCUUUGAGCAGGACGGCAUACUCUUCGAUGUGGCCGGCAACGAGUCUCCACUGGGUUUGCACAUACGUCAAAAUUCCAAAUUUGAAGCUGCCCUACAAUGUGUCCUGCAGACCCCGACAGCAUCUCUGAAGGAGCGACUAGCGGAUCUGAACGGCCUCCAACUGGCAUAUGAUACGUUCUUUGGCCUGGGCCAUGACUCGCAACGGUUUGUGCAUCAGCCGUUUGCAUUUGAGAUGGAUUUUCCGGCUCCACAGCUGUUCCAUUUGAACUUUGCGCAAUUCUUCUGUGGCCGAUUGCCACCGGCUAUUGGGCAUGACAUGGACGAUGUGCGAGUCAACGAAGCUGAACAAAAUUUGCAUCAAUUUUCUAUUGAUUUCAGGUGUCGGCAGCAAUCACUUUUGAGCAGCUGUGAAAUGUGGCGCCCAGAUGGCAUUUAAAUGUAAAAGUCCACUUGGCAAAUGUAUA